AUGACAGAGGAGGGUACGGCAACAAGACCAGCAGCGGGGUCUACCGAAACUCCUGCGAAUCAACCUGCAGGCUUCGACCCAAGCAUGAUGGAGAAAUUUUUCUCCUUCAUGUCCUUCUACGAGCAACACCAGCAAUCGGCACCUGCGCAGUCACACAACAACAACAACAACAACAACAACAACAACAACAACAACAACAACAACAACAACAACAACAACAACAACAACAACAACAACAACAACAACAACAACAACAACAACAACAACAACAACAACAACAACAACAACAACAACAACAACAACAACAACAACAACAACAACAACAACAACAACAACAACAACAACAACAACAAUGACGUGACGCCCAUGAGUCUCGAUGGCUCAUCCUACGCACGCGGAAACCAGCAGCAGCAGCCUACCUUUGCUCCGUACGAGCCCCAGCGCGGUUCCAUCAGCUUCAUGCCGCACCAGCAGCCUUCACCUGGGCAAGAGAAAACACUGGAUGCACUUUAA